CUUGUUUCCAUGCAACUGUAAACAAUGAAACCGUACUGUAGGUGGGUUGUUCUCUUCGUCAAACAAACAAAUCAUUUCUGUCGUCGUUAACCUUACUUCGAAAUGGCCUAUUCACAGUCGCCUAAGAAGGCUGGUAUACCACGAGAGGUUUUGAAAUGGCUGCAAAGUCUUGAUUUACCGUUUUUUCCAAAAAACGUGCGCAGAGACUUUUCCAACGGAUACCUAGUGGCGGAAAUAUUUUCCUGGUAUUUCCCAGAGGAUUUUCAUAUGCACUCCUAUGACAAUGGAACUUCCUUGGCUACAAAACAAUCAAACUGGUCCCAGAUUGAGAAAUUUCUUGUGAAGCAAAACAUCUGUCUGAUCAAGGAGAUCGUAGAUGGCACAAUCCACUGUAAACCUGGAGCCGCAGAGCUUCUUGUACAGGAGAUUUACUGCAUGCUUACCAACAGAAGGAUCCAAACCAUACAGAAGAUGGAGGAAGGCUUCACAGACAAGGCUUACCAAGACCAGUUGCCCAUGGUGGCUCGUUCCACAGCCUCAGUGGCCAUAAAGAGCAACUUGAGACUCAGUGAGGUUUUAGCUGAACCAAACAUCAUCAUCAACCAGUGCAAGGUCCUUGCAAUCAUACACAGGCACAUAGAACACAGAAAAGAGGAGAGAACCCAAGACCCAAAACGAUUCGAUAUUAAGCCCACUCUUGGAGAACAGGCUGUCAGAUUGUCUCCACUGUUAGCCCACGAGAGCAAGCCAAACCUGCUGAUGAACACCAGUCAAGCAGCUUGUUAAGUGCCUGGCCCUGCAUUCCCAACAGAAGGAUGAGAUAUACGUUUCAGAAAAAAAUGCUUUGCGGAUAUUGGAGGCAAAUAAUGAGACUGUUUAAGGUAGAUGUCCAAUGAAGGUCUUCAAAGUACAUUGAAAAUGAGUCCCUACAUAUCUGAGCACAAGAUUCAUUCCCACAAUAAAAGAAAGUCUAAGAAGCAUACACAUCAGUAUGCAUGCUGCUUUUGUUGUCAAUGCUAGAACAGAACACAUAAAAGGUUCUAAAGGCUUGUACAGUUUGGCAUUAAAUUUGAAUUUUCUACAUUGGGAUAGCUUCACCAUACAGGUCAACAAAUUCAUAUUCAUAAAUAUUCAGUGCUUCAAACUUUUCAUAUUUUUCAGAAGAACUGAUUUUAAUUAAUUUGUUAAAGGAAUAGUUCAACCAAAACUUUUUAUUUUAUUUUAUUGAUUCAUAAAUAUAUAUUUUUUCUUUCUAUAUAUAUUAUCAGAUUAUCUGAAAUUGGUAACCGCAGCUGCUCCAGAAAGGACCAUACAAGUCUUUCAUAUUGUUGUGUAAAGCCAAAUUAAAAGAAACUAAGUGGAAUUGAAAUUAUUCACUCAGUCUGCUUUCAUCCAUCUUAUUCAUGCUUUUGCUAAUUCAGACCCAAUAUAUCAUGAUAUUUGAACCAACAAAGUUUAUGAACAUUUUUUUCCCUCUUCCCAGUUAUGUGAUGUUUCUAUGUUUAUUCUCCAUGAGUAAUAACAGUGAGCAACAAUAAUACAAUAAUAUAGCACAUAAGUGGUAUGAACUUUUUUUGUCCAUUUAUGGUUUUUGUCUUUGGUGAUUUGAAGAGUUGGAAAUUCUCUUGCUCUAUAAGAGCAGUCUGGCCAUUUUCCUCGAAAUCUUCUUUGGUGUUCCAUAUAAGAAUGUAUAGGUUUAUAACAUGAUUUGAGCACGCUGUCUGGAGCUUGUGUCAUAAAAUGGCAAUUAAACAAGCAUGAGGUUUGAUUGUCUCUUUGGAAAAGCAUAAAAUCAGCAUUUAUUGAUUAACCCCAGCAGCUCUCAGGCCUGUUGCUGCAUCUCUGUUAUCUCUGUAUUGAGAGGGUUCGGUUUUCAUUUAAAGUCGCAGUAUGUUCUCUUCCCCGCUUCACCCAAGGCCUCUGCAAAUUAGACCUUCAUUUAGCAAACCCACCGUGAGACAGACAGAUUUUGGGCAAGUUGCCCGGGUGCCUGUUUACCCCCUCUGUUUCUCUCCCCCUUGUACACACACAAACACAUAGUGUCACACAGUCUCUUUCACUCUCACUCAGUCGCUACUGCUGUCAAACAAAAAGAGUGUAUCUGUCGUUUUACCAUGCAUCUUUUAGACUCAAUUCAUAGCAUAAGGUUGCCAUGGAUAUCUGAAGCGAGCAUACUGCUUUUCAUGAAUGUGCCCAGAAAUGAACUUUUUAAACCACCUCAUCUCUCUCACGCUCGCUCUGUUUUUCUCACCCUCCUCCCUAUGUUGUUUUAUGUCUGGUAUGGGCAUUUAAAAACCAAAUAAUAGGCUUUGUGUGGAAUAAAAUGUCAUGAGGUGUGAA